AUGACUGCAUUGAAGAAUCUCAUUUUUAAUCAAAAGUGCAUUGUUUGUAUGAUUCAAGAAACGAAGAUGAAGAAGAUGAAUAAAUGGUUGGUGAAGCAGUUAUGGUAUGAUGCAGACUUUGAUUGGGAUUAUUUGCCUUCAGUUGGUAGUAGUGGAAAUAGUGGUGGUAUGUUGACAAUUUGGGAUUCUUCAAAGCUGGUGAAUAAUGUGAAAUGGGUUGUGUGCAAUUUAUAUUCUCCAUGUGAUUAUAAUGAGAGAACUGUUUUUUGGGAAGAUUUAGAGGAAGUUAGACACUGGUGGGGAGGGCCUAUUUGUUUUGCAGGAGAUUGGAAUGCAGUUAGAUGUGAUGCAGAGAGGAAUAGAGGUGAAGCUGAUUCCAGAAAUUCAAAUUUUCUAAACAAUUUCAUCUACAAUCACGAAUUGGUGGAUUUGCCUUUGGUUGGAGGGUCUUUCACUUGGUCUGAUAUGCACACAGACCCUCUUCUCUGUAGAUUAGACAGAUUUCUUCUAAGUGUAGACUUAGAUAAUAUGUUUAAUGAAGCUAUUCAGAUUGCUUUAACAAGAGUAAUUUCUGAUCAUAAACCAAUUCGUCUAGUUACCAAGCCAAAUAUCCAGAGUAAGUCCUACUUUAAAUUUGAAAAUAGUUGGCUUUCUCAUAAGGAUUUUGUUAAAAAGGUUGCUGAAUGGUGGGGUAUGAUGGAGUACCAAGGACAAGCUAGUUUUAUUUUCUUCAAGAAACUUCAAAACUUGAAGUUUUUUCUUAAGAAAUGGAGUAUGGAGGAAUUUGGUGGGAUUGAGAAGAAGAAGAAGGAAUUGACUGAGAAGAUUGCUGGAUUGGACCAAAAGGAAGAGGGUGGUAAGUUACCUGAAGCGGAAUUUGAAGAGAGAAUGAAAUGUAAUCUUGAAUUAAGGAGAAUUGAGGUGUUGGAGGCUAUAAAGUGGCAUUCAAGAGGUAAUCCAAAUGAGUUUAGAUGGGGGAUUCAAAUACCUCUUAUUUUCAUAGAAUUGCUAAUGGAAGAAGGAAAAGAAAUACCAUUGUUAAGCUGGAAGUGGAUGGAGAAGAUUGCUUUGAUCAAAACAGAAUUAAAUUGGAAAUGA